AUGGCGGCGGCGGCCAGCGACAUCAGCCAGCAGAACGAGAACGUGAAGAGCGCACUGGACGACCUCAUCAUGAUGCCUGAAAGGAUAGCAAUAAAGACAUGUACCUGCUAUGCCAAGAGAGCCAGGGAGCAACUGAAGGGGCUGUGGCUCCGCAGCAGCGGCUUGAAACGACCAGAUUUGGAGGGCAAUCGUCCGACAGUGUCUCCUUCUGCUUCGGUGUCGAGCGCGGCGUCGACGCGCCCUCUCGAAUGGGAUUCGGGGGCCGACGUCGGCUACCUGCUGCAGAAUGAGGAGCGGCAGUUGGCUGACGCUAUCAAGAAACUCGGCAUUGGCCUCGGCGGCAACAACAAGGGAAUCAAGAAGAACACUGAUUUGACUCGAGUUCGAUUAGAAGAGCAUGACAUAAGGGCAAAUAAUGAAAGCUUGUUGAGUGGAGGUCAAAAAGCAACAGUAGACAGUUUCGUGGAAGAGGGUCUUUUGGGGGCUGGAUGCGUGCCUUUGAUGGAGUCGACGCCAAAAUUAGCAGGGCUGCAGGCGUCCAAGGGGGCGGCGGAAGGCGGCAGCCGCACGACGCUGGCCAAAACAGCCUCCUCGUCAUCGCUGGCCACGGUGGUGUCCAAGAAUGGCCAGCUUGUAGCUGACAAGAAAGGAGCCGAGCUCAUCUCAGAUCUAACCAAAGGCCUACACCUGGUUAAAUCCCUCAUUGCCGAGACCAGGGGAGACAAAGAGAAGCAGAGCAAGCUUCUAGCGCAUGUGGUGAAGCAGUUGAAGACCGUGGAAGAGGGUCGCCAGCCCCACAGCCGCAGACAAAGGUUACGAAAACCCGCGCAGGAAGCGCAAUCAUCCAGUUCAACGCAUGCAGAAUCUUCAAGCAACUCCAGCAACAUCGUACAACAGUUAAAGAAUUCAUUUAGAACUCGUCAGCAGGUGGGCGCUAGUGGAGAUUCUUCAGGCAGCUUAUUGACCCUGGAGUCUGCGCAAGAGGAGGACGCAUGCCAGCGUUUGCUCUCAAGCAUUUCCAGCCCCGAGGAGAACGGACUGUUAGAAUGGGCAAAUAGCCAAGAGCGUCUCGCCCUCUUCCCUCCAGAUCCCAAACUGAACGAAGCCAUUGAACUGGCCGACGGCCCAUUUGCUACCUUCCUGCAGGAAUUCAUUGACUACGAGUGCCGGCGUCAAGCUUGCUGGCGCAGUGAUCUGCUCAACCUCAUAUCCAGGAGGGCAGCUUUGCUUCGUCAGAAGAAUGUCGAAACGAGCAGGAGGGAAAAAUCUCUUUCAGUCAGCAGUGCCUCCUCUGUCAAAGCUGAGACACUUCCUCCUUCCCAUCUUUUUCCCCUAAAUCUAAACCCAGUUGCUCAAAAUUCUCGGGAUAAGGAGGAGAAGCAGCCAACCGGCAAGAUUUUCCAACAUAUCAUAGAUCCUAAAACAGCUGCACCUGAUCCAAAAAGCUUGACUGGGAAUUCCAAUAAGGCAUCUGCUGACCUAGAUGCAAUUCUUUCCACGCCAGGUAAACUGACCUCACGUAAACCCAAUGCCAAGAAGCCAGCCAGGGCAGUAAUGAAAAAGGAUUCUCCUUUGAGAGACGUAGACCUUCCAUUGCAGGAGCACUUGAAAAAGCGCCGUCCUAACUUUUUGAAGCAGGCAGAACAGAGGCGCAAGUGCCUGGCUUUACUGGGUGAGCGGCGCCUUCAGAGAUGUGGCCAGCGACGCCAGGGUCUGAAGGAGCAGGUGCAACGCUACAGUGGCACUCUGCCAGAUCACAUUGACCUUGAACCUUUGCCCCCACCGCCAUUAGCGGUGAAGCGGCUGUUUACUCAGAAACAAUUGAGGCAGCACACUGAGAAUUUGUGCCGGAACCUUGAAGAGACCAGAAAGAAGGAGGAGGAACAAAAGCGUGAAGAGGAGCACAAGAUGAACAGAAUCAUGGCGCAGAUUUUCAAUAGGAAGCUGCAAAACCGGGUGCUGCAUCGCAAAGUAGAUCUGUCCAACUCUGUGAGUGUCAUUACUGCUGGAGACUGAUGAGCAACAAGUUCAAUUCAUGCAGGUGUCUUGUUGUGUCUUCAAUCAAAGAGCUUCUUAUCUAAAACUAGUAAGCAAAGUAGAUUUCCUCGAACACCUCAAUUCUCCCAAGUAGUUUGCUGAUGUACCAUCAACCUUCUUGACAGUGAAGCUUUAACUUGUAAAAUACUUAAGAAUGUAUAUUUUAAAUAAAUACGAAAAUGUUUUGAAUAUUAAGAAAA